UUGAUAACAUGGGACCCUUAACUAGAGUCUUUUGUUACCUUUAUUGUGAAAUUGCAUGGUAAAUUCAUCAAUAAAUUGUUCAAAGUUCUCAGUAAAUUUCAAAAGCCAUCUGUGAAUGUGACAGAUGAUCUAAUUAUUUUGCCUAGGCUCUCCAGUUCAGUGUCUGCAGUCCGACACUGACAUUUCAACUUCAAUUCACACUGAUACCGGCUACCGUGUCAUGAUGAUUUUGUUAUCUUUUGUUGGCGACAUAUGAAAUAUUUAAAUAGAGUGAAGUAGUGUGUAUUUGUAUACUUAUCGUCUUGAGAGGAUGGAGGACGGCAAGGCAGCUGAGGCCAGCAUGGAUGAGAAGUCCACAUGCAAGCUGGAGUCAAUGCUGAAGGAGCUGGUCAGCUACAAACAUGCUGGAGAUAUGUCAGAAAUGUCCCCAGAGGUUCAGACGCUGCUUCGGAGGGAGGAGGAGUGUCAGGCGCGCGAGGAGGCGCGCUACGCCGCCCGCCGGCUCAAGGGCCGCCGGCCGCGCGAGCGGCGCCGGGGCCGAGACGCCGAUCAGAGUGCCGCCGGACGGGGCCACUCGCUGGACAAUAUGGCUGCGGAGAGCCGCGCCGGUACCGCCGAGAGCAAGACGAAGGGCGUGGCCGGACGCACCGCCGAAGGCGGCUCCUGCUUCAACCUGUCUCGCGGCUCGUUCGAGCCGGCGCUGCGCCGUCAGCGGAUACAGCAGGCCGGCGGCUCGCUGGAGGACCUCAGCGCCAUCGACGAGUCCACAACGGGUCUGGAGUCGGCGGCAAAGUCGGGCGGCAGUCUGCAGAACCUCAGCCAGCAGGCGGACCAGCCGCCGGCCGCGGAGGCCGCGCAGAGCCCUGACGGCACGGCGGCGCCCACCGAGCAGCAGGCGGCGCCCGGCCGUCCAGACGCCGCCGCCACCGUGGUCAUCCAGAUGUCGGGCGUCGGCGAGGACAGUGACGACGACUCGGCCGCCCGGCUGGCCGUGCGCGCCCUGGCCGCUCCAUGUGCCGCCGAGGAGGCGCCCGAGCGCGGCACCAGUCUGCGCGAGCGGCCGCGGCACACGCUGUCGCUGGAGGAGGGCGGCGGCGCGCUGCAGGCGACCGUGGCGGCGGUGGCGGCCGAGGUAGCCACCGCGGCCGCCCGGCGCCAGGCCAGCUCCGAACUGGAGCCCAAACGGAAGCGCUCGACGGCCCCCACAACCAUUGACCGCGGCGUGCUGCGCUGUGUGAACGCGGAGGAUCUGCCUAAAGCCGCCCUGCUGAUGGCUCGCAGCUGUGGACAGGUACAGACCCUGGACGGAAGCGCGGCCAGCACGAACUCCAGCACCAGCAGUCGACACGAGAACGGCCGGCGAAAGAACAAGAAAAAGGUGGAGCCGCUGGUUACCACCGAGUCCGUGGAGAACUACCAGGGCGACAAGAAUGUCGACUACCUCAUCCAAUUCAUCGAGUCGGGCGGCUCCAAACUGACGGCGCCGACCGAGAAGAACGGUCGCAAGGCGGAGCGCGCCGGCCGCCGGGAGGUCAAGGGCCGUCGGCCGGCCGAGGAGCGGCCCGGCCGGCAGGAUCGGCGCAUUGCCCGCCGCCAGGCCGCCAAGUCGGCCGCCGCCGCGCCCGCCGCCGCCUCGCGCAGCUCCAGUGUCGAGUCACAGCCGGCUGAGGAGGAAGGUGCAGACCAGAGCCGCCUCAGUGGUGACCCGGCGGCCGGCGCGGCGGCGCUCUGGGCCCGCGAUGGGGUGACGUAUGUGUCUGCCGCGCCGGCGCCGGCCGGGGACGGGUUCGUGCGAGACUUCUACAGUGUGACGGACGAGACCGGUGUGCCUGAGGAGAGCGAGUUCCACGUGGUGACGCGCCGGCAGCGGCGCCGGCCGGCCGCUCGGCCCAGCUCUGGCCCCGCACUGGACACGCAGCACGCCCCGGCGGGACCGCCCGGCUGGCGGCCGAGCCGGCCGGGCGCCGCCAGCAGACAGACGCACUCAGCCCGCAGUGUGACCAACUCGGAGGAGACUUCUGACGCGGACAGUGACGGUGCCGCCAGCGCGCCGGCCGGACGCGCUCCGCUGCCCUCCGACAGCGGCGUCGCGUCGGCCGCCUCCUCAAACUCGGCGUCGUCGUCGGCGUCGUCGGCUUCCUCGAUCUCGUCCUCAUCGCCGGGAUUUUCGGCGUCCUCCUCGGCGGCAGCCUCCUGGGCCGACGUGGCCAAACCGAAGCCCGCCGAUGCCACCGCCCAGACAGACUUUAUCGAUGGUGUGGGCGCCAUUUUUGGUGACCGGCCGCCGGCGCAUGCUGGCCUGCUGCGCGGUGGGGCGGAGUCGCUCGACUCCCGGGUCGGCAGCGCGCGGCGAGAGGAGUUUCCGGCCAUUGCGGUGGCGCCGGUCGCGCCCACGGCAGCUGUGGUGGCCCCCGCAUCCUCGCCGGCGCCGGCCGCCGCUACUGUCACGCCGUCUGAGUCCCGUGUAUCAACAGCGAGCUCUCCCGUGGCGCCGGCAGUGCCAGCACCAACCAGUGCGCAGACUGCGGUAGUGGCCGCUCGGGUGAACGGGGUCACCCCGUCGGCGGCGGCGGCAGCAGCAGCGGCGGUGGUGACGCGGACCAAGCGCUCGCCGGUGGUGGAGAUACCGGCCGCCGUGCUGUCCGGGGACGGUGCUGCCGGGCCGGCGAGCAUACAGAAGGUGGCCGACAUUCAGUUCGGCUACAUUGACACUCCCCGUGCUGAGGCCGCCUCCUCACCAGCUGAGGUCGAGGCGCCGGCCGCCGUCCCGGUGCCGUCGCCUCAGACCGAGCAGGAGCCCGAGUCCAAGGCAGCGCCGCCUGGUGUGGACGGCUUCUGUCGAAGGUUCCGCGCCCAGCCGGUAGAUGUGUCUCAGUUCAACUGGAAGGAAGUCAGUGUGUUCCUCUCUAAAGUGUACGCCGAGGCUGUGAGGGUGACCGGCGCGCCGUCCUCUGAGCCGCAGCGUGCCCAGCGACUGUGAUGUGGCCGCCGGGCCGCCCCGGUCGGCCGGCGCCCGCCGCUGUGAUCGAGACUGUGUGGCCGACGCCCGGUCCCCUCUGGUGUGACCGAGCUCCUCCGGCCGGCGGAGAGGUGUGUGUUGUUGGAUGGUGGUCAGCCGACCGCCCGAGUUGUUAUCGUUGAUGUGGAAAGAGGACUGAGAGGAGGGAGGCGCCUCCCGCUGACCGACUGCGACUGCGGACGUUCUGUGAUACUCUGCGCGGCCGUGCGGCGCGCCUCAGACUGAGUGUGAGCGGCGCGAGUUCGGACACCCGCCAGCGCGCCCGGCCGCCCCCGCCGAGUGAGACGUCUGUCAGUGCUGCGCGCUCAGUGAGUUGUGAGUUACGUGGUGGGAGUGUGACGCGAGGUCUGUCAGUGGUGAGCGCUCAGUGAGUUCUGUGUGUUCUGUGAGAGUUAUCCGUGAGCCGCGGCUGUGCCGUGUCCGGUGGCUGGCCGCUGUCGGCGCUGGGCAGAGCCUGUCUCCGCCCCCCGGCCGGUCGGCCCCGGCGGCCGCCGCCCGCUGUUCACUGUGUGUCACUGUGCCGCCCCCGCCCCCGCCCCCGCCCCUGCUCAGGGCGCUGUCGAGUCACCGGUUGUGAAGUUCUGGGCGGCCUCAGCAGGUCGCCCUGCGCUGGCCACGGUCGGUGCUCCCGGACCGUGGCCCCCCACUCAGCCCCAUCGAACUGCGUUGCGUCUGGAGCUGCGCCUCCUGAGCUGUGUCUCUGGAGCUGCGCCUCCUGAGCUGCGCCUCCUGAGCUGUGUCUCUGGAGCUGCGCCUCCUGAGCUGCGCCUCCUGAGCUGCGCCUCCGGAGCUGCGGCUCCGGAGCUGCGGCUCCGGAGCUGCGCCUCUGGAGCUGCGCCUCUGGAGCUGCGCCUCUGGAGCUGCGCCUCCUGAGCUGCUCCUCUGGAGCUGCGCCUCUGGAGCUGCGCCUCUGGAGCUGCGUCUCCGGAGUUAUGACUCCGGGACUGUCUCCAACGUCAAUACAUGAUUGCAUAAUGAAA